CCCAAGGCGCCCUCGGCCCGCCCCGAGGGACAGAGAUUGGAGCUCCGUCUUGCGCCGUAGAGGCGGUCUCCGACAACCUGGCCGGCGGCACCAUGAGGCAGGCGGGGCGCGCGGCGCUGCUGGCGGCGCUGCUGCUUCUGGCACAGCUGCGCCCCGGCAGCAGCCAGUGGAGCCCGGAGGCUGCAGCGGCAGCGGCCGGGGUCCAAGACCCGAGUCUGCGAUGGAGCCCGCGGGCGCGGACCCAGGGCGGCGGGGCCCGCGCGCUCCUCUUGCUGCUGGCGGAGCGCUUCCCGCGCCGCGGCGGGCCGGGCGGAUGGGGAUCCGCGACCGCAGGCGAGCGGCUGCGACGGGACAACCCUCCACUGUCCAUUGACCUCACCUUCCACCUGCUGCGGACCCUGCUGGAGCUGUCGCGGACGCAGAGCCAGAGGGAGCGCGCCGAGCAGAACCGCAUCAUAUUCGACUCGGUGGGCAAGUGAUCGGCCCGGUUUGGGACCACGAAAACUUUGACCCCUUCUCCUACCCCGGGGCUGGGACAUGAGCUACCGGAACUGAUCCAGUCCCAGGG